CACAAGAAAAAUGCCUAUACAGAACUCUGAAGAAUGGAAAUAUUCUUUUUGAUUCCAGCAACAGUGUCUCCCUUCCUCGGAGCCUCAUUUCUUUGCUACAUCCUAACUCUGAUCACAGGCAAAGACAUCCUCACUUGGUUCAGCACUGGUCUCUUCCUUCUUGCUACUGGCAUCCAUCUGUGGAUGCAUGUCGUUAAGCAUCUUACCCUCAGAAUAUCACAUCUCCAUGAUAUCAUACAUUAUCCCAGCCCUGAGCAGACUACUAAGAAUCUGUGGCAACAGUUGGCAGACCUGAAGCAGCAGAUGGAGAGGGUCAAGCACACCCUGGGAAAGGUUCAGCAGAGAAUAGAUGACAGAGCUGAGGCAAUGUAUGACCUAUUUACGCAGUGCAAUGAUAUGGAAUAUAACUUAUGGCAUAAGAAGCAAUGGGAUUCUAAACAGGACUUAGUCACAGCACUGUACCUGACAGGCAUGCAUGAUGAGAAGGCCAAACCCUAUACCCAAUGCCUUAGGCUCUAA